AUUUCCUGACAUGCAACUCUUGAGGAAGGCAAACGACUACUCUCAAAGCCCACGACUUACUCAACCACCUACGUACCCGCCUCCCUCGGACCUGUCUACCUAGCGGCCCGACUACGAAGCCAGGAGUCGACGCCUGCCUCCCUCAUUUUGUGCCUUGUAACUUUUCGAACAAGCUCAGCGACGUCAACGCAUCUCCCAGGCAUUUCAAACAGGAUCCCAUGUCGCAUUAACACGAUCGGCCGCGCUUCUUGGCCCAGGCAUCUUCCACGUCGCGCCUCGCGCAACAGGCGCCCGGACCUAUCCGGCGACGAAUCACAAUGCCUUCGAUCGAGGUGGCCACCCACGGUAUCCAGGCUGUGGCGGAUAUCGGGCUCGUCCUGAUAGACCUGCUGAGGCAUGCCGAAUCCGUCAAGCUCACAGCCUCGAUAGAGCCUCCGCUCGAGAAGUCGGACUUUGGAGAUUUAAAUGGCCAGCUUACGCAGAUACUUCCCUUGCUGAAAAGCGACAGCCCGCCCUCGGUGCGCACCCGCCAGUAUGGCGUAAUCGAGACUGCGGUUCGCGACAUCUUCGGGAAGCUAGUGGCGACAACGUCCAUCGAGUCGCCCGAGUUUGUCAGGGUCUGGAAUUUACUGGACCUCGUGUCGAUCCUUUCCGACAUGCGCCAGUGCGAUCCCGUGCUGCUGUUCUGGCUUGUCGAGGAACUGCUCGAUAGCCAAACGACGUCGGGCUGCCGCAGAGUCCUGGACUUUCUCGAGUCGCGCCAUCAGCGCAUCACAGCAAACCCCUCAGUUGCCAUGCAGCUCACUAUUCUCCGAAGCUGCAACGAGCUCCUUCGUCGACUCUCCCGCGCUAGGGACACCACCUUCUGCGGCAGGGUCUUCAUAUUCAUGUUCCAGAGCUUCCCUCUCGGCGACCGCAGCUCGGUAAAUCUGCGGGGAGAGUACCAUGUUGAGAACGUCACCACGUUCGACCAGGAUGUAGACAGGAACGGGACUCUGGACAAGAUGGAAAUCGACGGCCACACAGAUGACACAACUUCACCCGAGGCCAAGGCGACUGCGACGAGGACAAGCGCCGCCGAUGAAAGCAUCCGAAAAGACAUGGAAGCCCUGUAUCCAGUCUUCUGGUCACUGCAAGCAAGCUUCAGCCAGCCCAAGAAGCUAUUCGAUCGCAGUCACUUUGAACGUUUCAAAUCAGGGCUAGAGUCCACCAUGGCUGCCUUCAAGGAUGCACAGACAAAGCAGAUCUCAAGGUCUCAGAGGCAAGAGGAAGACACCAAGACAGGUCAGAAGCGGAAACACGAAGGCGAAGGUGCAGAUCUGGCAGAUGCUUUCAAUCCCAAGUAUCUGACCAGCCGUGACCUCUUCAGGCUCGAGUUGAGCGAUCUCACAUUUAGGAGAUACAUCCUCGUCCAAGCCCUGAUCAUCAUGGAGUUCCUGCUCUCGCUCUCAGCUCAGGAAAGAGAGAUAGCUGCCGUGGCCAGCGCUCCCAACAAGUCGGUCAUCUAUCUGGAUCAGCAACUUAGCAGCGAGGAUACCGAGUGGGCGAGCAAAACUCGGCUCGCAAUUAUAGUGCACCUCGAGACCAGCGGCGCGGGCCCAAGUGAGGGGGCCUACUUCGUGCGUAUUGUCAAGACGAUUCUGGCGCGGGACAAGAACUGGGUCAGGUGGAAGGCGUAUGCCUGCUCGCCGAUCGAGAUGCCGUCGCUGCCGGCACAGUUCUUUUCAGAUGCGAAGAAGUCGGCCUACCGCUCAGCGACAAGCAAGAGGCUUCGGGCCACGCCAAUGAAUGCAUUGUCGAUCGACUUUCUCAGCGACAGCAGGGACAGUUCAGGUCUGGGCAAGUUCAAGGCGGACGAGCGGUCCAGAAUCCCGGACGUGUGUGCGUUCAAGAGGGCGAUUGCCGAAGAUGAGCUCGAAAUCGACAUGCCCACAAACAACCAGACCAAGGUGGCGGCAAUCGAGGGCAAGGCCAGCAAGUCCUGGAGGGCCUUGAGGGUUGCAAGUCGGUCUCGCCUCGCCGUUUUUGACAAAGUCGAGGAUCCGGACAGGAUCGACCUUAUCUUUGAAGAAGCCACGGCACAACACUCCGUAAGUGGAUCGGACGAGCCGCCUGCAGGCAUGCGACCCGGAGACUGCCGUCCUCUCAUUCUCUCGGGGCCUGAAGAAGUGGACAUGUCAGGAUUGCUCCAGCUCCUGCUAGAGAGGAAUCCAGGAGUCUUUGGCCUUGUCCCGGCCCAUACCACCAAGGCUCGGCAGGAUGGGGACAAGGGGCCUGACCGAGCGACUCAAAUUCCGGUGGACGCAGCUGCUUUCGACACUAUGCUUGAUGGCGAUAAAUUCCUCGAAUCCAGUGAAAUCGAUGGAGUGAAGUACGGCACUAGUCGGCCUGAAGCGGACAAGAUCAGCCAGUCUGGCAGGAUACCGGUCAUGCAUAUGAGCCUCGAUGGCGCACGUCAGAGCAAGGAAACGUCAUACUCGGCGCGGCACGUCCUAUUCAAGCCUCUCGACAUGGAUGCGUUGCAACGUCAGCUUAAAGGGCGGGAUGUUUCUGGCGAGAAAAUUGCCGACAUGAUUGCGGCUUCCAAGGCAGAGAUAGAGCGCGCCGAGGCGGAAAGCCUGUACGACGAGGUCAUCACUAAUGAGGGUCUGGAAGAUGCCUGCGCCGCCCUCGAGCGCUUCCUGUAUGGCCGCGGACAAUCCAGCCCAGGGUAGGGCCGGCCGGGCCAGAGGUUGAAGCGCGUGCGCGCCACACACUCCAUGUGCUCUGUACCCAAGUACCACUAGUGCAGGCAGUCCUUCUAAUUGGAGUACUGGGGCGUCCGCCCGGGGACAAAGAAAGAGUCCCGUGCUUAGAAAAACACCAGCCACGUUUGCGGAAGGGUGCC